GCGCUCCACGUAAUAAGUUUCUGUAGACAUUGUUCGUGACUGCUGUUCAUUCGGCAGUCUGUCUUAUAACAUUUUAAUAGAGUUGGUAUUGCAUUGUGAAGGUUCGACUGGCGGUCUGGUUUAUAGUUUAAAGUUUUUCUUUAGUUUACUGAAAUACACAAUUAAAAUGAGGAACUAUAUGCUAUUAUUAUUGUUAGUACUUCCUGCUAUUAUAACUGUAUUUAAUACAUCAAACAAAUUUUCUGCAUUUGCUGUCGAGGAUGAUUUGAUUGAUGUUGAAAAUGAAGGUGAAGUUGAAGAUGGUGCAGUUACCGGAGAUGAAGUUGAAGAAGAUGUAGAAGCCUCGUCUGCUUCCACGUCACCAUAUGCUGACACGUUCUUGCUGUUUACGAAACCCUUAUAUGUCGCUGGACAGCAAUUGGAUUUGCCAGGUGGUAAACCAGUUGAAUUUCUGAUUGGCUUCACUAACAAAGGACCAAAUGAUUUCAUUAUCGAAACUGUCGAAGCAUCUUUCCGUUAUCCAAUGGACUUCAAUUAUCAUAUACAAAAUUUCUCAGCAGUAACGUACAAUCGCGAAGUGCCACCUGGUUCGGAGGCAACAGUUUCAUACUCGUUCCUACCCUCAGACAACUUUGCUAGUCGACCAUUUGGCUUAAACAUUGCCUUGAAUUAUCGCGAUGCUGAUGGUGUGCAAUUCAGUGAAGCUGUCUUCAAUGAAACCGUUUUGAUUUCGGAAGUAGAUGAAGGUUUAGAUGGUGAAACCUUCUUCCUGUACGUUUUACUAGCUGGUAUUGUUGUCCUACUAUUGGUUAUUGGUCAACAAUAUUUGGUGGGAUCUUCCGGCAAGAGAAAGCGCAGCUCUGCUGUCAAGAAAACCAUUGAGACUGGUACUGCCAACGAUAGUACCAUCGACUACGAUUGGUUACCACAAGAAACUCUACGUGCUUUGCAAAAAUCACCGCCAAAAUCACCGAAAUCGAAAUCAGUGAAAACAUCACCAAAACCAAUCAAACAGCAGAGCAGUCCAAAGCAAACACAAAGUCCUAAGCAAAGGAAAGUGAAACGUUCUGCGGGCGACGAUUAAAUUAAGACUGCAAACAUUCACUAGAAUUCCUAAAUCAUUUUUGAUUUUCACCUCAACGCGAUUUUUUUUUAAUUUUAUUUUGUGUUAGUAAUUCUGAGAUUUUUUGAGACCGCUGCUACAAUUUGUAAAUUUAAGUUCGUUACUUUUCGUUUCCGUUAUAUACACAAACUACUUCAUCAGCUCCAAUGUGUGUGCCUAUGAUGCUGCAAUAUACUCAAGUGCAGUGGAGGAGCAUGGCUAUGGAAGUAGGCUGACAUCACGCUGCAAUGCUUUGUAUUGUUUUCGUUUGUAGAAAACGCCUUUGUGUGCUUAGGCAUCGUGAAUAUUGUUCGCCGACUUCUUUGUGCUCUUCCACAAUUCUAAUUCAAAUUCAAAUUUGAAUUUAAAUUUACAAAAACUUUGUUGCCUCUAUAAAAUCCACAAAAUAUUUAAAGCUUAGCUUAAAAUAAGAUUCAGACAAACGCUAAGAAAAGGUUUCUGUACGGUCGUUUUGUGAAUGAAUUUCUUUUUUUUUUAUUUUUGUGUGUAGAUUUUAAGUAAGUCUUUUUUGUAAUUAAAAACGUAAGAAAUAUGAACAACAGAACGAAAAUAAUUUAUAAAUAAUAAAUUUGUAAAAUGAAACCAUUUAAA